AUGGCGAAUCAGUUGAAUGUAGACGUUACCUAUUUAGAUUCAACCGAUCAUUCGAAUGAUACCAGACAAAUCGUAAAUCACGAUAACAUUUUGAAGUUAGAAAAGCAUACGAAAAUUUUCGCGUCUAUGUGUCCCGAUGAAAUUCUGGACCAUUUUGACGACUAUAAAAUGAGAAAAUAUUUAACAACGCUAAUGCUUGGUGAUAUAUCAGGUUUUACCAAUUUUGUUGAAAAAUUUACGAGAACGGGUAAGGGUGGAGCAUCGAAAUUGACGGAGACGUUGAACAGUUAUAUCGGUCUUAUGGUUCAAGAGAUACUUUCGCAAAAUGGCGACGUAUUAAAAUUUUCUGGCGAUGCUUUUAUCGUCAUGUGGAAGCUUGAAAACGAUAAUCAUAUGCGCGAUCUAGCAACUACGGCGAUUCAAACUGCUUGCAUUAUACAAAAACAUUUUGGCAUUUAUCAGACUGAAGUUGGUAUCACUCUAAGAGUAAAACUAGCCAUAGCCUCAGGUAAGAUAUAUUUCACGUCUAUCGGUGAUUCAGAGACUAUGUCGCAUUACAUGAUAACCGGUAGACCUGUUUGGGAAGUUAAACGUGCCGAAAAACUUUGCAAAGGUGGCGACAUUUUGGUAUCACUUAGCACUUGGCAAUGGAUAAAUCCAGACGAGUACAUCUACGAAACAUUUCCUGAUAGCUUACAUAUUCUUGUUAUAAGCUGUUCUACCAUGUGGUAUACUGUGAAAGACUCUUACAUACCCAACGAAAAAGAUAACUGGGAUCAUAUUAUUGAUGAAUCGCUAAUGCCAACGGAAAACGAUACUUUGGCGUUAAUGAAUCUAUCGGACAUCUCCAUGUAUUUAAGCCAUAUGAAAGAGAUCGAUUAUAGUUUACGACCAAAAAUUAUAGAAAUAGCGAAAGCACAUUUGAAGGAUGGCUUGAGAAGUUACAUGUUAAGACCGGUUAUCCGUUCGAUCGAAAUGGACGAACCGUUGGAAUAUCUAAACGAAAUGAGACAAGUCGUUAUUGUAUUUGUCAACGCAACCAUCAAUGAAAGAAGAAAGAGACAAAUGAUGAAAUUGAUCGACGCAGCGUACAAAAUCGUUUGCAGGAUAGUCGAUGGGAUGCAAGGAUGUGUUAACAAAACGUCUCUCUUUGACAAAGACCUAAUGUUUCUUUGCGUUUUUGGUUUGCGAGGAGAUAAACAUGAACUUGAGUCACAAAUUGGUCUUAAAUGUGGCUUCAGAUUGCGAGUUGCUUUGAAAAAAUUACAAAAUAUUACUAACGUCACCGUUGGCAUUACAACGGGGAUGACAUAUUGUGGUGUUGUUGGUCAUACACUAAGAAGAGAGUAUACAGUUAUUGGAAUGGCAGUCAAUAGAGCUGCUCGACUUAUGACGGUUUACAAAAACAAGGUUGUAUGUGACAGAGAUAGUUUUCUUCAUUCUCAAUUAGAAGGCAUCCAUUUCAAAUUACAAGAACCAAGAUAUUUAAAAGGAAUUAUCGACGUUGGACCAAUUUACGAAUUCAAGGAACAAGUCAAAUACAAACCAUCGAAAUUCAUUUGGAACAAAUAUCCUUUGUUAGGUCGAGAAAAAGAAAUGAAGAUUUUUCGAAACUUAUUAGCAUCUAUGCUCGACUAUAGAAUCACGAAAAGUGAUACAGCAAUUAAACCUCAGUUCAAUACAUUGAUAAUAAGAGGUGAGCCCAGAAUAGGAAAAACGAGAAUAUUAGACGAAAUGGCAUUAAACAUACCAAGUGGUAUCCCAUCGAAUUACAUUUCUCUUGUUUCAACAGACAUGAAGAAGCCGUACACCUUAUUCCAUCUAAUAUUCUCUUUACCCUUGAAAUUCUCUUCAACGUCAACUUCAAAGGAUCGAGAAGACAUGUUGAUACGUUUAUUAGACAACAUACGUUAUCCUGAAUAUCUAUGUGUGUUGAAUGAAGUCUUCAACGUUCGUUUUCCAAUAACCAAACAAUACACAAUUUCUAUAGAAUCAGAAAGGCUUAAAAUACUUGAGCAACUUUUAAUGAAUCUAACAGAAAAAUGUUUUCAAAAGCUCUGGAUCAUCAUUAUUGACGAUAUUGAAUACGCCGACGAAGAGUCUUUGAACUUUUUCGAUAUUUUUAUCCAAACGGACAUGUUUUUAUUUAUCAUUAGUGUCGGUCGAAAAGUUGGUGCAGAAUACAAACUGGCUAAUAUAUUAUUAAAAAAAGCACGAGUCAUUGAACUGGAAGGUAUCGAUAAAUGGUAUCACAUUGGUAUUGUUUGUCAAAUACUCAAUAUAGAUGGUAUAUCUUCAGAAUUGGAGAAGCAAGUUAUUUUUUUUUUUUUUAACAAUAUUCUUAGGAGUAUUAGGUUCUAUAUGUAUUAGAAUUAUUUGUUUAGAUUGAUUCAAGAACAGAGUUUAGGAAAUCCAGGCUGGAUCGAAAGUUAUUUGGUGAGUCUCAUACAAAGUGAUAAAAUAGAAAUUUUAACUCUUACCAGAAAAGAAGCUGAGUCAGUGGGAUAUGUUUUAGCCGAAUUGAAAAUGUUAAGAAGAUUCAUUACUGAUACGACUAUUUUAAAAAAAGACUUCUCUCGCGAGGACAGAUGGGAAAUGUACAAGACGAGUUACAAGGAUGAGACAAUGUUAAUGAUCGAUGAAAAGAAUGAAAUCGAUUUGAGUAAUGAGCUCAUAAACGUAGCUUUUGCAAAAAUAUUAGAGAAGUCAUUAAUCAAAAACACAAAUAUUCAAAUAAAUAUGGAGGGUAAAACUUUUAUCAUUGUAUACACGGAUACUUAUUUAUAAUUACAUUCUUUUUCAGUACUUAUUUUAAAACUGUUCGAUGCCUUAACGCCCCUCGAUCAAUUAUUACUUAAAUGUGCUUCUGUACUUGGCGCAUUGAUUAAUCGAAAAAUGUUGGAAAGUAUAGUUGAAGUAUCAAAUAAAGACAUAGCUCUAAGUAAGAUCAGAUUACUAAUAUACAUAUAUAUACAUUUAUUUAUUUAUUUAUUUAUUUAAAUUCCCCCGACAUUAGCUAUUCGUAAACUUUUCGAAAUUCGAAUUUUCGAAUGCGGAAUUGGAGAUUUUUCUAAAAACAUUGGUCCCAUUAUAUACUACAAAAGCAUACGUAAUCAUAUCAAUAAUAUCGAUAUUCAAUGUAGAUGUAUUGGCAUCGUGAUACCAAGUACUUUUUUAAUUAUUCUCAACAAAAACAUUCUUUUCUCUUUUUUUCUUAUUUACUUUGAAUUCGAUUGUCAUUUAGAGGAACUGGAAAAUUUGCCAAAAUAUGCAUCAUGCGGUCUCAUACGUUUUAAGAAUACGAUAUUUCAAGACACGACAUAUAGAUUACUCACGGAGAAUCAAAAAGUCGAGUUGCACAAUAAAGCACUCAAAUAUUUAGAACGAAAUACAAGACGUUGCAUAUCAUGUGGCGAAGGAUAUUUUUCGAAAUUGUUAGGUGAAAAAUUCUUAGACGAAGUAGAAAAAUUACCAUUACAAUAUCCAUUGAAUGUAACACAACUUCAUGGAAUAAGUAGCAAGAUAUUCGACGUACCCAAAAUAAAAAAUAUAUCUCAUGAUUAUACGUUCUUAGAUGUAUUAACCACUAGAAAGAUUUUACCUUAUUUAAAUAUUCUGAAAAAAUCAAAGAAAAAAUUGACGCGUACUUUUUCCAACAUUGAUUUCACUAAUUGUGAAUGUAAUUUGAUAUUAUUAACCGUUUACACACAAAUGGUUGAGCAUUGUCGUGAAAUUGGUAAUAAUAAUAAAACUUUAAUCGCCAUAUUAGAAUUCGCCGAAAUUUGCAUUGAAAAUCAAAAUGUUCCUGAAGCAAGAAAAUUGUUGGACGAGGCUGAGACUAUACUUGAACAGAUGUUCGAUCCAAACAUAAACGAUACAGUUAAAUUUCUGUACCUUAUCGCUAAGAUUCAAACUUUACAAGGUAAAUGUUAUUUCGAGUCUGGGUACACUUCAGAAGCCGAGAAAAGCUUGGACAGAGCGAUGAAAACGUUAGGCUACCAAUUUCCACAAACGGAUAUAAUGAUCAAUCUAAAAACUAUAUUUCAAUUGAUAAAACUUAAAUUUUUAUUAUUUUUCUCUCCGAAAAAACGAAAAAAUGAUAAAGACGAAGACGAUUAUGUUACGAACUAUACGAAUCAAUUGGCGUAUUGCUUGGCUCAAAUGUUCGAAGUUUUCAAGAUUAAAGAUAUGAAAAAAGAGACUCGAUUGGCAGCAAUAUGGGCACUGAACACAGCACGUUCUAACAACGAUUUCUUGAUACUUUCCACGUGUUACACCAAUAUGCUGACUACCGCUCACAUUCAUUGCAGAAACAACAUCAUCAAGUAUUUGGAGGACGAGAGCAUCGACUUGUGUAACGAAGAAAUGAGGUUGAUAGAGUAUCAAGAUCUCAAAAUCAUAAUUGAACUUUAUGCCGGUGUUUUUUUCUCACGUUGGAUAAGAGGACAAAUUGAAAAAGCUAUCGAGAUUGGUUUCAUCGUUAUCAGAUUAGCAAGAUCAAUCAAUUUAACGGACACCGAAUGUAUCGUUUUACCAAGACUCAUUAAUCUUCUGAUGCUCUCUUGUCGACAUUCCGAAAUUGUCUCAGUAUUACGAGACUUAGAAUUUAUAUCGAAAAAUCAUAUGGACAAGUCCGGUUAUACAUGGUAUUACGCAGCGUGUGUCGAUGUACAAUUGGACAUAGGAUUGACGGUCCUUUCUUACGAGCAUUGCGAACGUUAUUAUUUGAAAGAAGGUGAACAUCUUAUCAGCUUGCGAGAUCCGGAAGCCGAAAGACGAUAUUUUACAUCGAUGUGGCUAUGGUGUAUUAGAAACAAAGAAUGGGAAGCAUCUAAAGUAUGGUUGGAAAAAAAAGUUGGAAAAAAAAAGACUGACGAGGACCUAGUGGCAGCCACUCUCACGGAUUUGAAAGAACUCGAAGGAAUGCUCAUUUCUUACGUAUAUUAUAUGAGCAAUUAUGACGUCAAAGCAAUAGAUAUUAUGGCGCAAAUUGAAGUUUCCUUAAAAAAUAUUAAAAAUUUGCUGAAGAUGGUAAAAAUUGUGAUACCAAGGUACAUAUUAAUAAAAGCUUACUAUUUCAUGGUUCGAGGUUAUAAAAAGACAGCUAUAAAGAUUUUGCAUAAAGCUAAGAAAAUAGCUUUCAAAAUGAAUAAUAAACUGAUAUAUGGAUGGGCAGUGCAUUGUAAACAAGCUUGGGAAGGAAAACUAUCACCGUUACAACAAGACUUGUGGCAACAACAGUCUUUGAUCGCUUUGUCUUCAGGUUGGGACGAAAUUAAUGCGAACGAUAGAAAAGUUACUUUUUAUACACUGCCAAUAUUAAAUCUAUAAAACUAUUAAAGCUAUUAACGACCUAUUAAAUCUAUUAAAUCUUGUCUUAUUUGUUAAAUCUUAAUUUUGUUUUAUUGAAACGAUUAUUUAAUGAUAUAAUAUAUUCUACUGUACAUAAAAAGUAAUUAAAUCUAUUCGAUACACGCACACAACAUACGUCUACUCGAAUUAAAUACCGUUGACGAUAUGUUAACGUUUUUAUGAAAUAAUACCAUUACGCUAUGAGAACGAUUAUCAUUGGUUAAUUUAUAAAAUGGCAAUGCGCGCCAUCUUAAGUUAAUUUAAAUAAAAAUACAUAAGCUUUGUUGUAAACAAAAUUGUAUUUAUAUUGAAUCGUAAAGAAAUAAUAAUGCAUUUAUUUUUAUAUAAUAUA